AUGGCAUCGAUUCAGACGAAUGUCCUCCCCAAAUCUUACACUUUGCCAUCUGUCGCUAACGCGUCAAUCGCUGGUCCCUCUUCUAGCCGGCUGCUCCCAGUGGGACCCGCGUAUAUCUCCCAUCUUCGUUUAACGAUUCACCACGAUCAUUCCUUCGAGGCCCACGAUGCUCACCUCGAGAAAGAGCGUCAGAAACUCGAGGAAAUCCAAAACUCUGCCGCCAAUGGCGACGAUGACCUCGGUGUAGGCGAUGAGCCAGAAUCGGAAGAACUUUUGGCUUUAGAUCCCAAGGAGUGGAAGAAACAUGACUAUUAUGCAGUCCUCGGCCUAUCGCACCUGAGAUACAAGGCUAACGCUGAGCAAAUUAAAAUUGCUCACCGCAAAAAGGUGCUCAAGCACCAUCCGGACAAAAAGGCUUCCUCCACCGCCCCGCAGUCUACCUCGUCUCUUCUUACCGGCGUAAACCUCAACACUAACGACGAUGCAUUUUUCAAAUGCAUCGCUAAAGCCCACGAGGUCCUUACCAAUCCCGAAAAACGUCGUCAGUACGACUCGGUCGAUCAUGAACUCAUGGAUGCCCAAGAGGAUGACCCCAUUCCAUCUACGUUUGCCAAAGCCAACAAAAGCCUAUCCGAUGCAGAGUUCUUCAAAAUUUUCACUCCAAUUUUCGAGCGUGAAUCUAGAUUCUCUAAAAAACAGCCUGUGCCGAUGCUCGGUGAUAUAAAUGCGAGUAAGGAACACGUCGAGGGUUUCUACGAUUCCUGGUAUAACUUUGAUAGCUGGAGGAGUUUCGAGUGGUUGGACAAGGAGAUCAACGAGGGGAGCGAUAAUCGGGAUGACAAACGUUACACUGAGAAGAAGAAUAAGAGCGAGAGGGCGAGAAGAAAGAAGGAAGAUAUUGCACGUUUAAGGCUGCUCGUAGAUCUUACCUUGAGCUUCGACCCGCGAAUCAAGCGAAUUAAGCAGCAAGAGAAGGAAGCUCGUGAAGCCAAGAAAGCAGCCAAAUCGGCUCCCGCAUCUGGUGCAGCUACGCCGCAGAAGAGCAAGGCUCAAGAAGAGGAGGAGAAGAGAAAGAAGGAAGAGGAGGAAAAGAUUGCAAAGGCGGAUGCCAAGAAGGCCAAGGCUGCUGCUGCUAACGCUGCGAAGAAAGCCCGCAGGGCAGCUAGAACAGUAGAAGAUGGGGCUACUGCUUAA